GAGGCUGCAUCGGAGGAGGAAGAGGGCGUGUCGCCGCCUCGCCGGUGCUGCUCGCUUCCCCGCCGUGCAGUGACGUCACACUUCUCUGUUUCUGGACUCGGCUGAAGAAGAUGGCGGCCUCCUCAGGAGUCAUUAAGGUCCCACGCAAUUUCCGCUUGUUGGAGGAACUGGAGGAAGGCCAGAAAGGUGACGGCGACGGCACAGUGAGCUGGGGCUUGGAGAACGACGAUGACAUGACUCUCACGCAGUGGACCGCUAUGAUCAUCGGGCCAGCCAGAACCAAUUACGAGAACAGAAUAUACAGCCUGAAAGUGGAAUGCGGACCCAGGUACCCAGAAACAGCCCCGGUUGUUAGAUUUGUAACAAAAAUCACCAUGAACGGGAUAAAUAAUUCCAAUGGGACGGUGGACUCGCGUAGCAUACCAGUAUUGGCCAAAUGGCAGAAUUCUUAUAACAUAAAAAUUAUCCUUCAAGAGUUAAGGCGUCUGAUGAUGUCCAAAGAAAAUAUGAAGCUUCCGCAGCCACCAGAAGGACAAAGCUACAGCACUUAAUCACCAUGGAUUGUUUUGACCCCUCUGUCUUAAAAAGCCGAUGUAGAAAUAUCAUUUUCAACAAAAACAACAAGAAAACAAAAGAGAGAAACAUUGCACAUCAACAGUAUUGCCCAUGCAAGAGCAGGAUUGGACUCUGGCAUUAUGGCCUGGCUCUUUCAAAAAACAAAAACAAAAGUCAUCCCUGCAGUUGAUCACAAGAGAUGCCAAGAAGAGUUAAUGAAAUGACUAUUAUGUUCAAGCUGUACCAGCAAGAGUGCUGCUUUUUGCUUGCCCAAUGACUGAUCACCGAUGAAGUUGUGUAGUUGUGUACACACCACGGCCCGACGAGAAGACUAUUUUUUUUUCUCUUGUUUUUCCACAUUCAACAUGCAGGUGGCUCCUUACAGAACUGUGACUGUAGUCUCCAAGUAGUGUCAUGAGGUGAGAGAAUUUUUUUUUUAAAUAAAUAUAUAAAUAUAUAUUAUGUAUUUGACACAAUACCGGUGUUUCUGUUCUCGCGGUCUUGCUCUCUGACAUGUAACAGACGUUGAAGCCUGUUCUGUUCCGGAAAAAAAAAAAAACAACAACUUGCAUUUAACUUCGAGUGGAAAUGGCAGGUGUCUGAACUUGUGAUUUUCCUGCAAUUAAAACUCACUGC